CACCACAACCACUCCUGUACCACCAUCCCCCACCAACCAACCAACCACUCCCACACCACCACUACCCCAAUCCACCGACGCACACGCCAACCUCCACAAUGGCCACGGACCCAAACCAAAGCACGCUCUCCGCCUUCCCGGACCCACCAAACUUUUACACCCACUUCACCACGUCCAACCUCUCAGAGCUGCGGUCCCACCAGCGGACCCACAACCUCUCUCCCACCUCCCCGCCCCCCCCGACCCUCCCCGCCGACUCGCCUCUCCACUACCUUUCCCCGCCGCCCCUUCCCCCCUCGGGCAGCUACUGGACCUUCUCCUCAUUCUGGGCGGACCCGCCAGUGCACGCCUCCCUCGAAUCACACGGGAUACCCCGCCUAUACUCUCCCUCGCCCACUUCCCCCCCCCAUUCCACCUCACCCUCCCCCAGCACCACCCCCCCCUCAUCCACCCCGCCAAGCACGAGCACGAGCACGAGCAACAUCCACUCCCUCCGACGCCUCUCCAAAUCGCUCCUCCUCUCGUUCCUAGAGCUAGUAGGCCUGCUAGCCGUAGUGCCAGAGGAGUACGCGGCCAAGACUGCGGACGUGCAGACGGUGCUGUUCAACAUGCACCACUUGAUCAACCAGUACCGCCCGCACCAGGCGCGGGAGACGCUGUGUCUCAUGAUGCAGCAGCAGCUGGCGAAGGUGCGGGCGGAGACCGAGGGGAAUAGACGUGUUGUGAGAGCCGUGGAUGAGGCGCUGAGGGAGGUGGAGGCCGUCGCGGAAAGGGUGAGGGACGGGGAGAGGGGGGAUAAGCCCAGGAGACGGGUGCAGGUCGAGAGUGUGGAGAGGGCGAGGAGGAGGGAUCAGCUGGGCUGGGGGUUGAUCAAUGAGGCGGUGGCUUGA